GCCAACUUUACAAGCCUCGUGUCCUGCGUCUAAAUUCGUCCCCCGGUCAUCGCUCAAUCCUUUGCGGCGCAGUCGACCUUGGUGUCGCUUCUACUGUACUCGUACACUCCGUUGUCACCCUCUCUUUGUUACUCUUUCAUCACCCAACAUCCCUUUGUUAAACUGCGACCACGACCAAGCUUGCUACACGACAACCUACUCCGUACCACCUCCUUUCUCUCACUCCUUGACGAAUACAGAGCGAACCAACCAACCCUUGCAAUUGACGCGACUCGCGAUAGAACGCGCUGCCCUCACAUCCCUCCGCAUACCGAUCCUCUAGGUACCCGCCGUGUUACUUACUGUACGGGUAUUCCGCACGUCUCUAUCGCAAACGCCACCAACACCCCUCCAUCUCUCCCUUCCGCUCUCCUCUGCUUCGAUGGUCUUGCCAUAGAGGUCCCGCCUAAAUACCUGAACGGAAGAUUACUUUUUUUAAAGAAAAAAAAAUACAAACAGCCGUCAAGAUGGGCUGGCCAAAAUGCAACACGACACUGGAGGAUAUGACCAUCACGGAAGAUCCCAUAUGGCAUGACAAGACCUUCCACGACCUUGGUCUCUACCUCGGCGGCAUCUUCACCUUCAUCGCUGUCGUGGUCUCAUUCUUCCUCAUCACGAUGCAUGCGACGCACUACCUGAAACCGUGGGAGCAAAGACACAUCAUUCGCAUCCUCUUCAUGGUCCCUGUCUACGCCGCCGUCUCUCUCCUGUCCUACUACUAUUACAACCACAGCGUCUACUUUGAGGUCAUUCGAGAUUGUUACGAGGCAUUUGCCAUUGCCUCCUUUUUCAGCCUGCUUUGCGCCUAUAUUGCUCCCGACUUGCACCAGCAAAAGGUCUACUUCCGCACCAUCACACCUAGGAAAUGGGUCUGGCCCAUGGGCUGGUUCCAGAAAUGCACAGGGGGCGCCGAAAAGGGCAUCUUGAGGACCCCUAGGAGCGGUCUUACUUGGUUCAACGUUGUUUGGGUCUCUGUCUUUCAGUACUGCUUCAUUCGCGUCUUUUUCACUCUAGUCGCCGUCGCAACGCAGGCCGCCGACCUUUAUUGCUUAGAGUCUCUGAAUCCCGCAUUCGCCCAUAUCUGGGUCAUGGUAUUCGAAUCGAUCGGAGUCACCAUUGCGAUGUAUUGUCUGAUCCAGUUUUAUAUUCAGAUCAAGGAUGACAUCCGCCGACACAAACCCUUACUCAAAAUCACAGCCAUCAAACUGGUCAUCUUUUUGAGUUUCUGGCAGACGACACUGAUCUCUUUCCUGACCAGUUCCGGAGCGAUCAAAGCAACCUCCAAAGUCCAAACGCCAGACAUCAAAGUCGGCAUCCCUGCUUUACUGCUGUGUAUUGAAAUGGCGUUUUUCUCCAUCUUCCACAUCUGGUCUUUCAGCUGGAAACCCUAUACCCUCGGGUCCAAAGAAUUGAUGGCAGAGGCGGUCCCCGGAGACCGGCUAACGUAUCAGGGCGGUUUCUUGGGUGUAAAGGCCAUGUGGGAUUCAUUCAAUGCUUGGGACAUGCUGAAGGCCACGGGUCGAUCCGCACGAUGGCUCUUCAAAGGUCGCAAGCACCGCCACAACGAUGUCAGCUACGACAUGACCCGCAAGAACACGACAGGGAGUGAUUAUACCGAAAGCCAGAAAUUGUCCAACUUCAACGGAAAUACCGCGUAUACUGGACCGGCUCAACCGCCUCGUUAUGGAGGAGAAGAAGGUGAUAAUCUGCUUUCGAAUAGCCAAGGCAUGCCCAUGUCACGACCUGGCGUACCUAGAAGAGACAGCGAUCCUAAUGAGGCGCCCAUGUAUUACGAACAGGGUGACAUUGGCAUUGCGACGACGACGUAUGAUGACAAGUACACACCACAAUAUUAUCCGCCACCGCCGCCGCCGCCGCAGCAGCAGCAACAACCACCACAACAACAACCACAACCACACUACUAUCCCCAAUAUGCACCUUAUCCGGGUGCAGGUGGCCAAGAGAGCGGUGUGACGACGGCUCCUUAUCCACAUUCGAUACGAGAACCGACAGGGCAACAGGGCAACAAUAGAGAUAACCGAAUAUCAAUGCCUUACAUGCCACCACCUCGAAGUCCGCAACCACAAUCAUACCCCUACCCGCCGCAUGACAACAACAACAACAGGGACAACUUUUUGUAAAAGUAAACUGAGUUUCGGGCUUUCCUCUUUUGAUACUUUCUGUAUACUUUCUGUAUAUAAAAAGGACGAAAAAGGGAGGAGGAACAUGACUUUAUGAACAUGACAAGAUAUUAAUGUGUUUGGAAAAUUCUUUCGCCUGGUAAGGGGCAACUCAGGAACUGAGUUCAUUGUGCCAUGACUUUAGGUACCUUUUGUGGAUGUGAAUAGGACUAUUCUGAAUAUAGGUAUCUAUAUUUUGUGCCGAAUAUAUACAUAUGGAGUUUAUAACAAAGUAU